UGGUUCCGCACCUUGGGAAGCCGGUGCGCGGGGGUCCGGGCCGGUUCUCUCAGGUGCCACCCGCCCAGAUUUGAGGAAGGGCAUCUCUGCCCUCCUACUGCCGACAGAGGCGGUUUUACUUCUCCAGAUCCACACUUCAAAGAGAGCGUUACCAGAGUUUAAGAAUAAAAUUACUUUAACUUACUGAUAGACUUAAAAAACGUAUCUGCUUCAUCCCUCGGUACCCUGUGGGUUCAGAGCACUAAACAGCCCGGAUUUGGGGUUUAGUUACCUUGCUGAAGAGUUUGAGGUUAUCAUUUCUGGGCAAACACUGUAUACUGUCAUGAAUUAAGUAGCCAAAGAUGAUUUGAAACUCACCGUUGUAAUUUAUGACAAAUAAAUAGCUCCUGUAUUUUGCAGAAUCAAUGUCAUCCAAGUUAGUUUCUCCUCGUGCUUUAUGUUCCUUUGUCUUCUUAAGUUCUUGGCUGCCCCAGACGGUUCCAUGCCGAGGAAGUCACUGGCAGACUUCACUGCUGGCAUUCCGGGCAUCUGUCCCUGUGAGAGCCCAACCAAAGAAGAAGAAGAAAGUGGAUGUAAAGAGAGAACAAGCACAGAAGGAUCGUAUGAAAAAGAAGAUUAAAAAGUUGGAAAAAGCUGCCCCAGAAUUGAUUCCAAUUGAGGAUUUUAUAACACCACUUAAGUACUCGGGUAGCAGCAGGGUGCGAAGUCUUCCCCCUCUGUCAUUUGAAGAGAGUGAGAGAAGAGUUUUACUUUUGAAAAAGUGGUGUUUGUUUAAGCAGAAACAAGACAAGGCAGAAAAGGAAGCAAUUCAAACCCUUGUAGAAGCUCAGCAAGAGGCACUAAAGGAACUGCGCCUUGAAUCCGAGGAGCUGUAUCAGGCAGCCAUCAGACGAGAUGAGGGGCUUUUCCCCUUUGAGAGAGAUGGACCUAAUUAUACCCCACCACUUCCUGGUUAUGAUCCUCCCGAAGGAAAAUGCGUUGAUAUCACCAAAGUGUAUACGCAGUGAUGUCGUUCAUCUGGCACGAGCUACUUUGAAGGAUGAUAGAGUGGAAUAAGAAUACGCAAUUCCUUCUGCAGGUUAAAAUACUGUAGGUGUGUGACUGCAAAAAAAGAUAUUAAUGAAGUAUCUGUUUGUUUGGGUUUUUUAAAUGGCUAUCUAGGUAGUAAGACACCCGAGAAAGCUACACUAUACCUUACUCUUGUGCCAUGCCACAACAAGCUAGAGCAGCAGUAUUUUACAGAGUAUU